AUGAGAGUGACGCUUAUACGACACGGAGAAACAGAUUAUAACAAGAUUAGAAGAAUCCAGGGUCAACUUGACGUGCCUCUAAAUGAAAAUGGCCGUAAGCAGGCAAGAGAUGUCGCUACAAAGCUAGAAGCAGACUUUGGAAAGGUGUACUCCAGCGACCUUGCCCGGGCCUCCGAAACCGCAGCAAUCAUCACCGAAAAGAAUAUCCCUCUUGUGCUGAACAAGGGCCUGCGUGAGAGAUACAUGGGCGAGAUUCAAGAUCAACUAUUUCACAAAGCCAAGACCCACGCUGCACAAAUGGGUAAAACUAUCAUGGAUUAUGGAGAAGAUGAACGACAGUUUAAGAGUAGACUGCUAAAUGCUUGGGAUGAAGUCAUUUCCGACGCUGAGGCCAGUGAAGUCGAUAGCAUCCUCAUUGUUUCCCAUGGUGGAGCCUUGAUCAACUUAUUGGAGGCUCUAGUCGCGACAAAGCGCAUUGACGUUGGUAGAAAGGGGCACUUGCUUGGAUCUCCGUGUCGAAAUUGUUCAGUGACCGUUAUUGAAGAUGGUGUGCUGGUACGAUACGCUGAAAGACUCGUAGAGAGCAUGGUGUCAAAUAGAGAGCUGCUGUGA